AAACGGAGCGACAACCUAACUCCUAAUCCCAUCUCGCGAACGCAACAUUAAUGCAUUUUUAUCAGAUCACUAAAUUGAGCAUCAGAAUUGACUAAAAAACCAUUACUCACACUGAUGGACUCCCCGUCCUAGUCAGAAAGGGCUAGAGCCCCGGAGACACCCGACUGGGUCCGAGUGCGCCCGAGGCCCGACCGACGUCCCGACUAGUCGCUAAACAACCUCCGCCGACCGCGCUACUAUCCGACCUCCUUCACUUUACACAUGUGAUAAACUUUUUUUAUAAUAGUGCAGUGACCGGUAUACAGUUCGAAAUUUAAAUUUUGAAUUUGUUUUUUUUAAAUUGCAUUUCAAGCGAUGGGUAUCGUUGAAACGGCCAGACGGCGACUGUAGGCCGUAUACUUAAGGUCGGGCUCCGGCAGCAUGUUUUCCCUGUGUCGCCGGUACAAAGAUGAGCACGAACAUGGCGGCACACAAAUUAAGGGAGGCUACAUGCUGCGGUACAAGAGGAAAUACCUGUGGAACUCGUGGUCGGAGGAGUGGGUGGUGCUGUACGACGACUCAACCAUGGCAUGGUUCAAGGACGCAUCAGGCAAAUGCAUGGCCACACAGAAACACCUCGUGAAGGAGUGUCCCGAGAUGCUGGCCAUCUCCACUUGGACGGGCCAGGUUCCGCGGCGGCCGGCGUUACCACCAGGGGCGAAACUGUCCCAGUUGAUGGCGCUAGGGUCGCGGCAGAGUCCAGGGCAUGUGGUCUGGAUGCUCGCUAAAAAUGAUGAGGAAAUGAAGGAUUGGAUGAACGCCAUAUCAAAAACGCUGCCGCCACCGCCGCACAUCGAGCUGGUGAUGUCCAUGCCGUACCUUCGCACCGCCUUCAAGAAACCUACGGUUAGAGUAAGGCCAGCCACAUCGUCGGAGAUGUACAACCGGCAGCGGAAUGCGUCCGGCGCGCUGGACAGCAGAGGGCUGGUGGCAGUCAUCAAGCGUCAGGUCCCGCUGGCGGGCCAGCUGGGGCACGAGCUCGCCUGGGGGCAAGGGUGGGGGUGGGUCACGCUGCCGAACGGCGUGUGGAGCGGACGCCUCACCUGGUCCCAAGACGGCGACGACUUCGCCCUCCACGCGAUGCCCAUCAUGCACCACACCAACGUCUCCCAAGCGUGCUCCAUGCUGGACGGCGUCACGGCGUACGAAGCGUCCGCGUACGACCAAGCCCUCUCCGAGUAUGACGACUCAGGCACCAGCGACGACUGGGACAUGGGCGUCGAUUGUGGGGACUUCAUGAUGUAAACUAAUGUCGUGGCCACCUUAGUGCGAGUUAUUAAUGA